AUGGACUUUAUUUCAGGACUUCCUCGCACUCAAAGGAACCAUGAUGCAAUAUGGUUGAUUGUGGACAGGCUAACCAAGAGUGCUCACUUCUUAGCAAUCAGGAUGGAUUACUCACUUGAGCGUUUAGCAGAAUUGUACAUUAAUGAGAUUGUAAGACUACAUGGGAUACCUGUAUCUAUUGUAUCCGAUCGAGACCCAAGUUACCGAUCGAGUAUUGGAAUCCCUCCCUAUGAAGCCUUAUACAGAAGAAAAUGUCUGACCCCUCUUUGUUGGAGUGAACUUGGUGAAAGAAAACUUGUUGGUCCUGAAAUUGUGCAACAAAUAAAGGACAAAGUAAAAAUUAUCAAAGAUCGUCUAAAGAUUUCUUCGGAUAGACAAAAGUGGUAUGCUGAUCUUAAAAGGCGUGACAUUGAAUAUCAAGUUGGAGAUAAAGUUGGACCAGUUGCAUAUAAACUGGCUUUGCCACCUGAGUUAGACAAGAUUCACAAUGUCUUCCAUGUUUCUAUGCUUAGAAGAUAUCGUUCUGAUCCAUCUUAUGUUCUUCCAGUAGAGUCUAUUGAGGUAAAACCUGUUUUUAAGCUGGGUAGCGUUUAUUAG